AUGUUCACUGAAAAUUGGAUUGGUUGGUUCCAAAAAUGGGGUGAAAGGGUUCCCCAUAGAAGUGCUGAAGAUUCAGCUUUCUCAGUCGCACGCUUUUUCCAAAAUGGAGGUGUAUUAAACAAUUACUACAUGUACCAUGGAGGAACUAACUUUGGCCGCACAGCAGGUGGGCCAUAUAUGACAACAUCUUAUAACUAUGAUGCACCGAUUGAUGAGUAUGGGAAUUUGAAUCAACCAAAAUGGGGACAUCUUAAGCAACUUCAUGCAGCAAUUAAAUUGGGCGAAAAUGUUCUUACAAAUUAUAUAUCAAUAAACAACACAGAUCUGGGCAAUGGGAUCACACUUACAACAUAUGCUAAUUCCACUGGCGCAAGAUUUUGUUACCUGAGCAAUAAUGACACUAUUAAAGAUGCAAAUGUUGACUUACAAAAUGAUGUUCUAUGGACUCAAUUGGAAUGGAAAAUGGAGCCAAAGAAAGACACCAUGCACGGAAAGGGAAAUAUUAAAGCACACCAGCUUUUGGAGCAAAAGGAACUAACCUUGGAUGCUAGUGACUAUUUAUGGUACAUGACUAGUGUUGAUAUCAAUGACACGUCAAUUUGGAGCAAUUCAACUCUCCGUGUGAACACUAUGGGCCAUACACUUCAUGGUUAUGUUAAUAGGAAGUAUAUAGGAUACCAAUUUAGCCAAUGGGGAAAUAAAUUCACUUAUGAAAAGAACGUUUCUUUGAAGAAUGGAACAAAUGUUAUAACUUUGCUUAGCGCCACCGUCGGGCUUGCAAAUUAUGGUGCAUGGUUUGACGAGAUAAAAACGGGCAUAUCAGGUGGCCCUGUUCAAUUGAUUGGAAAAAAUAACGUUACUAUGGAUUUGUCAACCAACCUUUGGUCUUAUAAGGUUGGUUUGAAUGGUGAGAGGAAACGUUUAUAUGAUUCGAAAUCACAUGUCGGUGUAUCAUGGAACACUAAUUCACCCCAUAUUCCUAUUGGAAAACCUAUGACUUGGUAUAAGGCAGAGUUUAAAGCUCCUUUUGGAAGAAACCCUAUUGUGGUGGACUUCCAAGGCCUGGGUAAAGGACAUGCUUGGGUGAAUGGACAUAGCAUUGGUCGUUAUUGGCCUUCUUGGGUUACAUCUACAAAUGGAUGCAGUGACACGUGCGAUUAUCGUGGAAAAUAUGUAAAGGAAAAGUGCAACACCAAUUGUGGAAGUCCAUCGCAAAGGUGGUACCAUGUACCAAGGUCAUUCUUGAAUGAUGACAUGAACACAUUGGUUUUAUUUGAAGAAAUAGGUGGUAAUCCUCAAAAUGUUCAGUUCCAAACUGUGACAACGGGAAUUAUUUGUGCUAAUGUACAUGAAGGUGCACAACUAGAACUAUCAUGCCAAAAUGGACAAGUAAUUUCACAAAUCCAGUUUGCUAGCUUUGGAAGUCCACAAGGUCAAUGUGGUUCUUUUAAGAAAGGCUCUUGGGAAGCUACAAAUAGUAAAUCUGUUGUGGAAGCUUCAUGCAUAGGAAAAAGUAAUUGUGGGUUUAUAGUCACAAAAGAAAUGUUUAGUGUUCCACUUGGCGUAACAAAUAGUAUAGCUAGAUUAGCAGUGCAGGUGACAUGUUAA